UGGUACCAACACUGAAAGUGGGAAAAUUAUUCCGAAUAGGUUGAAUGAAUAAAUAAAUAAUAUUUUUUAUAUUCGAUUUCUAAGUUAAUAUUCACUGCUAUUUUCAAAAUUACCUACUUUCAAAUUAGAAUUAAACCAAUAUGACUAAUGAAAUAACGGAGCUCAUCAAUCGCCUGGAAAGCACACAAAUCGACACGGAAUCUGUACAAAUUAUUGAAAUUCUCGAUAAAUUAGCCGAUACCGAUCCGCCCCAAUUCGAUCAAAUUCCUUUGCACAAACCAUUACUGAAUUUACUCAAUCAUUCGUCUGUUGAUGUCAAGACAAAAGUUGCCAAAUUCAUUGCUGAGAUAAGCAAAACGGAAAAUCAACGCAAACAAUUCACCGAUAUCGAGACGUUACGAAAAUUGAUUGGAUCCAUCGAAAACGUGAACCUAAACUCAAAUUUCGAAUAUGUGAUUCAAGUGUGCCGAGCACUCGGUAACAUUAUGUUUGAAAAUUCCGAUGCACGGGACAUACUGGCUAAUAUAAGCGGGGACAAGACGUUAGUGGAGCUAUUGGAUGUACGAUUGCCAGAUGUGAGCGAGACAAGCAUUCAAUUCAUGAAAGUUCGGUGCGGAUUAAUUUCGAAUUAUUUGGUUGGUGGCGAAGAAAUAGCGAAAAGGGCUAUGGAUUUACAGAUUUUAAAGAAAAUUGAACAAACCGUUGAGUUGUGUUCGAAUGAUGUGGAAAAUUCGGAAGAUCUGUUGUUAAAUACGCUGCCCCCGCUGAGUAUUCUGACGGAAAAUGUUCAGGACUUGAACUUUGUACCUGCCUUGAAUCAGCAAUUAGUCAAAAUUUUAUCGGAAUCAAAGAAUCCAGACAUCGCCGAAAUGAUUUUGGAUCUGUUGCUGUUCCAAGCUGAAAACGAUGAUGUAAAGCUGCUCCUAGCGAAGGAAGGUCUCUGCGAAACGAUUUACAAGUUGCUGGAAAAAUACAAGACACUUGCUAAUACUAGCGAAGCCAGAGCACUUAUGAAACUUGCCUGUGACUUAGUCGUACUCAUUUUGACCGGGGAUGAUUCUAUGCAUUACCUUUACACUGAAACGCCGCUAUUAAAGUACAUCGAAGACUGGUUGGAUUCUUAUGACAUAGAUUUACUGACGACGGGUGUAUUGGCAUUGGGCAAUUUCGCACGUACAGACAGUCAUUGCAUUUUUAUGGUUGAGAACAACAUUAUGAAAAAAUUGCUGGAAAUUUUAUCGAAAAACAAUGGCAUCGACAAUGAUAUGCGCCUACAGCACGCACUGUUGAGUGCUCUGCGGAAUCUGGUCAUACCGAAACCGAAUAAGCCCGCCGUCUGCGAAGCUGGUCUUGUGCAAACAAUACUACCAAUGUUGGAGAUACAUCAGCCACCGGUUGUUUUCAAGUUGCUUGGAACUCUACGGAUGACUGUCGAUGGACAAGAGAAACUGGCUCACGAACUGCUGCAAAACGAAAAACUUAUCAAACAACUCGUUCUUUGGAGCAAAUCAUCAGACUACGCAAAUGUGACUGGAGAGUCCUGUCGAUUAAUGGCAUGGCUGGUGAAGCAUGCAUAUUUCCGGAACAGAGAUCCGACACAAAAGACCCCAGUCGAUUUAAAGAGUUUGCUAGUUUUUGUGAAAGUUGAUGGUGCUGUUGACAGUAUGGUGUCGAUGAUGUGUUCACAACAUUUGGUCAUGCAGAACGAAGCCCUAAUUGCCUUAUGUAUUAUUGUGGCCGUUCUGAAUGGAAACCGUGACGACGUCAACUUGGAUGAAUUGUUAGUCAAAUGUGAGUUAGGUCAACGUAUGUCCGAAUUUCUAGCAAAGAGUUCGGACACAAUGACCAAAGAAAUUGUUGAAAAUUUGCAAUCAUUGAUGUCGUUGUUACGUAAAUCGGAAACGUUAAUCAGCCACUUAGACAAACAUAACAUUGACGAAUCCCUCAAAUCAAUUCCAAUUUUGACUGAAUACUGUACGCUGUAGGUAAACGGAGAUUAGGUCUUAUACCGAGCCGGGGUUUAAUUGUUGGAUCGAAAAGGAAUGUUGUAAACCUACACAAAGUGAUUGAAUUUUUACCAUAUUUUGUCGUCAAAUUUUUAAAACAAGAAACUUAAAAUUAAGCGUCUCUGGGGCUCGCAGCACAUUAAGUGCUAGCGGCUCAUUUAAGAAAACAUUAAUUCUAGAAAUAGCAAAGAUUCCGAGAUUCAAUCGAUUGAAUGUAGUGCAUUUUGAGUAUAAAAAUAAUUUGAAAAUGAUUGAAGCAACUAAACUAAUGAAAGGUCAAUUAAUGGGGGAGGUAAAUGCGAAAUUGAAUUUUGUUUUAUUUCCAUGGCGAUCGUCUUAGGUAUAUGUCGUGACACAAAAUGUACACAAUUUCAUUCAAAUUUUUAAAAGAAAAUUUUAAUUAGAAUUUGCUUGUACUAAGUUUAAAUUUAUUUAUUCAACAAAAUAAAAA